CAAUUACUCAUAUCAUCACCUUCUUUUUUUAUUUUUGAGUUCAGAGUAUCAAAUGGCAGAAGAAUCGGAUUUGAAGCUGAUCGGUUCACGGAAAUGUCAAUAUUCUUGCAGGGUAAUAUACGCUAUGUAUACUAAAAACAUACCCUAUGAGUUCAUAGAAGAAGAAGAUUACCUCUCCACCAAGACAACUUUACUUGUUGAAUCGAACCCAGUUCAUAAAAAAAUACCAGUGCUCAUACACAACGGCAAAGCCAUUGCAGAAUCAAUGAUCAUUCUCGAGUACAUCGAUGAGACCUGGCCAGAUGAGCCUAUCCUUCGGAAAGAUCCUUAUGAAAGAGCGAGAGCUCGUUUCUGGGCUAAAUUUGUUGAUGAUAAGAUCGUGCCAGCAGGUGAAAGGUUACUAAUAGCGGAAGACGAAGAAAAAGAUGAGAUCAUCAAGGAAAUUCAGGAGCAGAUGACGUUUCUUGAGAAUGUGAUCAAAGAAAACAGUGAAUAUUUGUUAGCUGAGGGAGACGAGGGGGACUACGUAAACGAUGAAAUUCGUAAACUUCUUGUUCCUAUAGAAAAAUUCUUAGAAGAAAAUGAGGGUAAGGAAAGUGAGUAUGUUGACAGGAUGCGUUACCAGAGGAAGGUUCUUAUGGAUUUGUUAGAGCAAAAGAAUACUGUUUCGGAUUUCGGAUGCGUUGUUUUAAACGCUGUGGUGUAUUUCGCAAUGAAUGAGCUUUUGAUGAUUAGCAGAGAGAUCGCUCAAAUAGAAUUAUUGGACGCGGACCAGUUUUCAAAAUUUACUCGGUGGUUGGGAUUCACUUCGCAAAAUUUUACGAUCAGUAGUAUUCUUCCUCCAAAAGAUGAUUAUCUUAAUCAUAUUAGAGCUCGCGCUGAAGCUGCAAAAUCUACCUUGUAAUAGAAAGCAGACUCCUGUAGUUGCUUCACAGUUCUAGAAUAAUUAAAUCAUUGUGUUUUAUUUAUAUGUAGCUAGUUUGUUUUCUUCCUUAUGUGUGAUUGCUAUAUUAUCAAUAAAAAGCAGUUUGGUUUGUCA